CCGGGUGUAUCUGUGCUAGCUUACCUGCGGAGGAAAGAAGGUCCGCUCCCAUCGACGCUCCGCUCCGCUGCGGUUAAACUUCACUAAAAGCGGUCAUUUCCUCCGCUGGAGCCGCCGCCAUGUCCCUCACCGCCAUCAGCAGCACGCCCUCCGGCGGCAGGUCCUCCGGGGACGGCGGCCUCAACCUGGGAUACAGCCGGACUAUCCCGGGACUGCUGAAGAUCGGCCAGCUGCUGUCGCUGCUCGUCGCCUUCCUGUGUGUCCGGCUGGCCCGCGGCUGGCCCAACUGGUACGCCUUCCAGUUCUUUGAGGUGGUGCUGCUCUGGUUCCUGGUGGCCUUCCUCAUCUUCUUCCUCAUGCACCUGUGCAGGCUGCAGGUGAAGAUGCCCUGCAUCAACUGGCCGCUGGCGGAGUUCUUUCACUACUCUGUCGGGUCCGUCCUGAUCUUCAUUGCCUCCAUCAUCGCUGCGGUGAAAUGUGGCGCCGUUUCCUCCCUGGUGGUGGCGUCGGUUUUCGGGUUGAUUGCGACGUUCCUGAUGGUCGUCAAUCUAUGGACGUCGUACAGCGUUGCCUGUGGCCCAGCAGCCGGUGAACAGGAGUAAAAGUGACUCGUGAAAAUGGCCGACGGCUGCUUCCAGCUCCACUUUUCUGCCUGGCAACAACCCAUUCAUCGAACCUGAUUGGAUAAAAACUGAAUCUGGACCAAAACCGGCGAGCGGACCGGAUCAGACGGACCGGAUCAUUUUAUCUGAGUUCAGUCCAGUCCUGCAGCUGAUCCGCGUCACGUUUUCUGUUUCAGCUUCAUGUUUUCAUAAAAAACCUCCCAGUUUGGACCUCAGGAUGGCGCUUUUCAGGCUGCUGGCCAGCAGUGUGCAGCAAAUCAUGACUUCAAACCAAAUUAAGAAGCAAACCAAUGAAUAAAUCUAAAGGAUCGUUUCAGUUGGUAAUUUUCCCGAAUCGUUGCGUUGACCUUUGUCACGCUUUGUGUCGAUUUUUGGUGCUUUUAACUGAAUUAACGUAAAAAAUGGCGAACAGAACCAAAGGCAGCAGAACCGGCAGCCUGUUCAUGUAGAGGAUCACAUGGAAAUCUCUGCACUGAUGAAUUAUUUAUAACAAGCACACACUUAUUUACAAUAAAGCUGAAAUAUUACAAAGCACCAAAUGUUGCAUGGGUCAGAAACUAGACGAAGCACAGAUGGAGAGAAAACGCUCACAUGUACCAAAAAUAAAAUCCUGCAUGUUUGUUAUAUUGGCUGAACAGAGAAACGAAAAGCUGAAGUGGAUUUAAAGAUGCUGAAGCACAAACUGAAACCUCUGAUGGUUCUGCAUGUUUUUAUUAAUCUGUGAUUUCCACAGGGAACCGUCAGCAUUGAUGCACGACCCAAACCCAGAUUCUACUCAAUAAAAAACACAAAAUACAAGAACCUGAUAAAGUACAAAUGGAACUAAAGAAAUGAUUUAAAAAUGAUUUUUCUUUAGGAUGAAAAACUUGAUAAAUUGCCUCAUCAAUCAACCAAACAGCUUUCCUUUCAUCAAACAUUAUUCUUUAAUAUUCUACUAAUAAUUAAAUUAUGUAAAAAAUUGUCAUCUAAAAUUCUAACUAAAGUUCAGAAAGAGAAAUGGCCUUAUAUAAAAAUCUAAUUAUUUCACCAAACCUAAUAUCAGUUUUAUUGAGUUUUUUACACAAACAUUCAAAGGCCUUAAAUUUUUGAAUCUAUGAAAGCAAAAGAAAAAAAAAUGAGGAAAAAAAAUCGGUUUUCUAAUUAUUUUACAGACUUUAUAAUUAUUCUCCUGCAUUAUUAACUAACUGGAUGUUGUUACUUUAAUCUGUGAAAAUAAUUUAAUAGUGACGUUAAAGACAUUACAGGGAAGCUAACAUGUUAGCUUCCCUUUGAAGACAUUUAAAAAUUAAAAAAGUAAAAUUAACUUUCAGCAUAUUAAAUCUGUGUAUCUAUUGUAAUUAUAGAUGUUGAAAAAAUCCCUCUUAAUUUUUAGCUUUGGUUAAAAGCCUAAAUUUGAUUAUGUUUUAGCUAAGUUAGCAUAGACGCUAACACUACAUAGAGGCUUCCUGAAUGGACGCUAACUAGCUCUAGCUUGUCAGUUCUUUUAAAAAAGAAAGACUUUAAACAUUUAUUGAUUUUU